AUGACAGCAGGAGGACCAGAAUACCAAGGUACGAGGAGGAGGAGGAGGAGGAGAGGAGGAGGAGUGUUCAGAUAAGCGAGUCAUUUCCAGAGCUCCUCAUGUUAGCUCAGAUGAUCCAUCCGCUCCCACGCCUCAUCCGUUUACUGUCUUUAUUGAUGGUCACUCAGGCGGACUCGGCAGGUUAAUUAACAAAGAGAGAUAAGGACGGGUGCAGGUGAGCUAACGGCGGAGAAACGCCGCUAUCAGCCGGUCGGAGAGAGACAGCGUGGCUGAGCGAGAGUGCUUUAGAGAUUAGAGGAGCGAAGGACGGGUCUAUAAAAGAUGGAGAGCAAACGAAGACGUCCAACCAAACACAAUAAAGAGCCGUAAAGGGGCGGGGCCAGACCGGAUUACAGAAAACUCUGUCAGGGGUUUCCCUUCGAGCUAAUCAGACCAAAUCUAGAGUCCAUAAACUCUGACUGUGACAUUAAUUAGACGGUUUGACCUUUGACCUUCACCGCCAAGGGAGGAAGAGCUGCUAGAUCCUCUCUGAUAGAGGACUUCAGCUGAUCCCCGUUUCAGGGUCUCCUCGGUCCAGUUUUUGGUAGACAAAGGAGACCACAGGAUGGUAUUCCCUCCCUCCUCAGAUGAUACUUGUUUGUAGAGAGACCUCAGGCCAGUCCAUUACAGACUACAGCGGGGUGACGCAGCUCAAGGAAGAACAUUUAUGAUCAUUUCUUCAUGGAAAUACAAUCAGACCGAGACGCUAAGACAGAAGAACUACCGCGUCUGUAAAAUGAUCAAUAUGGUGAUUAUUACUUCAAGGAAAUGAUAAAGAAAUGAUCAUAAAUGUUCUUCCUUGAGCUGCGGCACCCCGCUGUAGUCCGUAAUGGACUGGCCUGAGGUCUCUCUACAAACAAGCAUCUGCUGGAAGAGAGUAGGUGAGUUGUGUUUAGUCUCUCUGAUCAUUAAUUUUCCUUCUAAAUGUCGACAACAUUCAUCUCUGGAGGGGGGGUCUAACUCGGUGUUACGGUGUGUUUGACCCUAAAUUAAUUUUACAGCAGAAUAUCCCUUUAAAGAAAAUAUUUAAUUAAACUUUAUUAGGAGUAAAAAUUCAAAGAUGUGUUGUCAGGAAACACUGAAGUUCAGCGUUUUAAUGAAGUCACAGACAAACUGUAACUGAAGGAGAUAAUCCUGUUUUCAGAGCAGAGACCGAGUGUUGACUAACAGACUAACAGACUAACAGACUCAGAAUUCUGCUGCUGAUGUUUGAUCGCUGUGUUUGCCUUCAUGUAUUUACAUCAUGAUGUUCAUUGUUCGCAGGAUUAGCUGUCUUGACAGACUGUGAUCUGACUGUUCACUCUGUGUGUGAUUGAACCGCCUGUCUCAUUGUCUGCUCUGAAUGAAUGUCGUGUUUUAAAUGAGAACCUCCUCCAUCAUCCUGAAAACUGACAAACGGACCGCCGGCGCCCCGGAGACUCACAGCACGUCACGUCCAAGCGCCAGGAUUUGAUGAAAUGCACACGGUCCCCGGAGGGAAUAUGCAUGAAAUUGUCCACAGGACUGGCAGCCCUGGCUUUUCUCCAACCUGGCAACUCAACACGGGGGAGAGGCAGCGGUUGGUCUGAGUGCAGCAGCCUUAGGAUAGAUUCCAACCUGGCAACCCUGACAGGAAGCUGAUGGAGGCUUGGAGACAGGCUGGAGUGAAAAUAGAGAGAGAGAGAGAGAGAGAGGGAGAGAGAGAGAGAGAGAGAGAGAGAGAGAGGAGAGAGAGAGAGAGAGAGAGAGAGAGAGAGAGAGAGAGAGAGAGAGAGAGAGAGAGAGAGAGAGAGAGAGAGAGAGAGAGAGAGAGAGAGAGAGAGAGAGAGAGAGAGAGAGAGAGAGAGAGAGAGAGAGAGAGAGAGAGAGAGAGAGAGAGAGAGAGAGAGAGAGAGAGAGAGAGGAGAGAGAGAGAGAGAGAGGGAGAGGAGAGAGAGAGAGAGAGAGAGAGAGAGAGAGAGAGAGAGAGAGAGAGAGAGAGAGAGAGAGAGAGAGAGAGAGAGAGAGAGAGAGAGAGAGAGAGAGAGAGAGGAGAGAGAGGAGAGCGAGAGAGAGAGAGAGAGAGGGAGAGAGAGGAGAGAGAGAGAGAGAGAGAGGAGAGAGAGAGAGAGAGAGAGAGAGAGAGAGAGAGAGAGAGAGAGAGAGAGAGAGAGAAAUCUGCAUAAGAAUAUUUCUCUUCUGUCUCUAAAGCUAAAAUGGGAUAAACUGAUGAAUUCAAACUGAGUGUGUGUGUGUGUGUGUGUGUGUGUGUGUGUGUUGUUUGUGUGUGUUUGUGUGUGCGUGUGUGUGUGUGUGUGUGUACCGAGCACAUGAACAUACAGUAGCUGAGGGAAAAUCUCAUUUCCAUCUUAAUCUAAUGUUUACUAAAAGCAGCCGAACCUCUGCUGAAUGCUAAAGAGUGAAAACAGACGGUUUAUUUACGAACCGUCGUCUCAGACUCCGAUCAGCGAAACUCUGACUUUGUUUGUGUCUCUGGAGCUUCUGUUGAACUCAUCUCUAAAUUUAAUCAUCUCUAAUUACUUUACUACAUUAUAUUUCAUCUGUAUUAGAUCGGAGCUCCUCUGGACUUUUAAAUGUCACUUUUUCUCAGUCAAACAUAAAUAAUAGUUUUUAGUUAUAUAUUUAUAUUUAUGUUUAUAUAUAUUUAUAUAAACCUAAUUGUCAUUUUUAAGUUGAACCUAAAUUCAUGUCACUUUGUGAUACAGGAGAGUGAAGUCACACACUCUAUUUUGUCUGUCUAUUCAUCAGAGCACCUGUGCAUACAUUAUGGUUGUCCCGGCAACAACAUGUCAGAUUAAAACAUCUAAAUUGAGAUUAAAUUAAAUCAGUUUUUAAGUGUGUGUGUGUGUGUGUGUGUGUGGGGGGGGGUGUCACAACACUCAUGUUUCUGUCUUUGUAUUCAUACAAGGACUCUCAUGUAAAGAGUGUGUUUGUUGGCCCUAAACAAUCAUAAUAAUAACUUGAAUAUAAACGCUGACUUAAAUCUGAACGUGUUUGUUUGUCAGAAAAGCAGCAGAUGUACACACACGUUUUUGUCUUUAUGUAUAUAUGUGGACCCUUGUGUUUGUGCUCCGAGGACUCUGGAUGGCCUUAAAAUAUCAGAACCAAAAACCUUAAAUGAAAACCUAAAUGUCUUUACUUCCAACCAGCCGUUGUCACUAAUACUGAGUGGAAUAGUGAGUAAAGUAAUAUCACACAUGUUUUGUCUGUCUGUUAAAAACCGUUACAUCCUGGGUCUUUGGGAUCUUGGGCCCCCAACGGAAACCACUGAUUGCUAAGAGAAGGUCUUCCUCUUAUCGGUAAGAAUGAGAACCUGAACAAGACUUGAAGACCAAAACUGUGAUAUUGUGAGACUCUAACAAACGGAGGUAACCAUCUAGACAUCAUCUGUUUGCAUGUAGGGCCUUAUUUAGACAUGUUGGUGGUUUCUGUCUUGUUUUCUGAGACAGGAAGUGGAACUUAAGACUCUUGUUCACAUCCCAGUCCUGGAUGGUGACUUUGUAAUCCCUGGGACUUAAAUUCAUUCAGAAAAUUUUUACCUAGAUAAUAAAUCAAGUCCAAGUUUCUGACUGACUUUAAUUCUAUCUGGGAUCUUAUUACAACUUUAGGAGACGCCCCCUGUUGGCCAUUUAAAAGAAUGCAGUUUUUUUCUUUGUAGUUUUUUUAUUUUAUUUUAGGGCUUUUCUGUCUUUGUUUAGAGAUAAUCGGGGAAGAGGGAGAGAUGAAUGACUUCUGGAAAAAGGGCCGUUGGUUGAAUCGAACCGUUGCUGCUGGUUGUUGUGAAGCGUAAAGCUUCUGCACAUGCGUUAGUUUCCUCUCCUGGCUGUUGUUCCUGUCUUGUCUUUGUCCUGUUUAUCCACCAUCCCCCCUCUCCCUGUUCGCCUGAUCAGAGCAUCUCGGAGCUUGAAAACAGAGCAGCUCGGUCCUGCUGCUCUCAAAUCCUUUCUGUGUGUAAGGACGGGGAUUGGAUGUGGGUUUUUAUGCAGGAAUCUGCAGGCGUUCGAGCUUAAAGUCGGUCUGUGGCCGACCAAUUAUUUUUCCACGGAGUUUAGGCCCAAGGGCAGUCAUGAAAAAAAAAACAGUAACUUAGGAUUCAGAGUCUGUCGGCACAGAGGGGACGCCACGGGAUUAGAAAAGUGAAAAUUAUAAUUAAAAAUAAAGAGAUUAUUUAAACUUUGGUCAUAAAAGUCAAGGACGUGGAAACACACGCUGCUCUUUCCAAACAUCAUUACAUCUGCAGGGUCUCGUCUGAGUUUAAGGAAUCAUUAAAUGACCUCGUACUUUCUAUGGAACAUAGAGAACCUCUUCUGAACGUGAUCUCUGCAUAGAUCUACGAACUGCAGAAUUCAAUGAAUAUUGAUUCUUCUUCAUGGCCAACCUCAGUCCGAAUGUUAGUGAGAGCGUGGCCGACCAUGAAAACAUGUAAACCUCCUUCUAAGGUUAUUAGAGUCUGACAGGUCCUGGUCUAGCAGCUGUAGACCAGCAGGUGUGUUUGUGUACCUGUAAUCAGGUCUGUUAUCUCCACAUUUUCAUUUCAUUAGCACACCCAGGUAAACUGCCAAUAUUUGGAGAAGGCAAACUUCAGCCCUGCUAUCAGCAAAAGUACACAAAAAGACAGAAAAACACACGAGUGUCACCCGGGAACCCGAACAGGAUGUAUCGACUUUAAGAAGUCAGGAGCCACACACGAUCGAGGAUCUCAGCCGCUCCACAGUUCAGGGUCUACUUGGUCUGGUUUUUGGGGUCAUGAUGGUCCAAAUGUUUCCAAGUCUAAGACUCUUCUCCUACAGAUCCAUGCUGAUGUCAGAACCUAGUUUGUCAUUGUCUCGCAGAAAUAUGAAGACAUACGUUGAUCCUAAACCUGGAGGUAUUGUUUAAAACUGAGGAUUCAGCAUCUAUGAUUUCUAGUUCUAUGUUGAAAGGACAACUGGAAUUUAUUAAUUCCAGUUGUCCUUUCCAAAAGAGUUCUAGGACAGUUCGUAGACAAGUGACAUUAAACCCAUGCGGUGACUCCAACUACAGAGUCCUGUUGCUCCUAAACCCGGAGAUAUAGUUCAGCAUUAAUGAAGUUUUUAAAGGUGGGAUAGACAGGAAUCCAUUAAAGAAGCUUCUUUUUUGGUGUUUUUACAAAAAAUCUUCUAAUAUCAGUCAAUAGUUAUUAGUUAUUGAUGACAUUUGGUAAUAUAUCGAUAUCUCUGUGUUCUCUUAUGUCUGUGUCGUCAACAUUUGAACAUUUUUGAGCGGUCCGCUCUUUCUGACUGUAAACAAAGCCGUUCUCCACCUCCUCUAACCUGAUUGGUUGUGAGGCAGACGCUGCUCCCCCGUGUCGUUCAGGAGCCCAAACAAAGUUAGCGUGCUACAAUAUCGGACAGUAGAAACCAACCAGAAAGUUCGGAAAAUUGUCUGAAUCCUCCUUUGGCCACGACUGCCGACACAAGCAAGAAAACAAAGUAAAUACCGGAGACUCUGGAGGAAUAACGGGCGCUUAAAACGGAGGUAGACCGGACAAGAGCUAAAAAGCCAGGUCAACAUAAACGAUGGGGGACGCUUGGGGAUCUUGGUGACCCUGUAACCUUUCUGCUGGACAGGUAAACCGCUUUAACAAAGUAAGACAAGUGUCUGUAACAGAAGUGUUUCUUGUCAAACGGACCUGCUGUAGAGGAAUAACGGGCGCUGUUGUCCCAUUUGUAAUGAUCUGAAGUAUUUAUCUGCAUUAUAUCUGAAUUUAAUUGGAACGAUACGAGCGAGCAGGAGCGUCUGUUUGUGGGCGGGGCUUUACAUUCAAGGUUUCUCCCCAAAAACUGGAACUUCCUCAGAUCCUGACCACUCCACCUUCAACACGGUUGUGUUUAUCAUGAGUAUUUGAACCUUUACAGAAGAUACAAAAGAUGUGUUUGUUGGUCCAAACUGACAGUCAGGUAAACGUUUUUCCUUCCCGCUCUUAUAAAUAAAGUUUUUUUUGGUAAAAUAAUUUCAGUUUGUGUUCAGGACUAUUUGUUUUCCUGUGAAAUGAUAAAAACUGAUAAUGUUGUUUAUGUCUGAAGAUGGAUCAUCUUCGUGUUUGCUUCAGAAUCAUAGCUGCCGUUUAUUCCCAACGCGUUUCUCUAACUUCCAUUUUAUCGGCGCACUUUUAAUGUGUCUGCAUUUACAGAAGCGAACCCGGAGAAUACUGAUGAGGUUUUUUUUCCUUUACAGCUGAUCCAGGUCCAGGCUGUUUGUUUAGAUCCUGCAAAUAUCAGACACGGAGGAGCAGCUGUUCUUAUCUGACUGACAUUUCACCGAUCGCUGAUCAAUUCAGAGGCAGACAUGCUGAGCGAUUACAACGGGGGCGACACACACUUGAUUUUCAGCUCUGUGGUGAAUAUUUAAGCGACAUUUAGAGGAUCAAAAUUUAAAAGAAAAUCAAUAUUAUCAAUCCGUGUUAUUUUUCACAUGAUCGUCUUAUACCUGGAGUAGUUCAACGUAAAUAUGUCAGGUAAACACAGACUGUUUAUAAGGCCAACCAUGAGGACACUACAUCACAUCUUAGACACACUCUUUAACCCUCCUUUUAUCCUCAAAUAUUACUAACAUGUUUUACCUUUGAGGUCAAUCUGACCACAUGUAUAUUUUACAUGCAAUUGUUGACCCAGAUUUUUUGUCAGGUGCUUUGUUUAUUUGUUGAGCACAUAAAUAGCCCCUCAAUAAUGAAACCUAUCAGUGAGUUGACCUGUUCUCUAGCGCCACCAAUAGGCCAAACUUUUAGAUUAGAAUAAAUGUGUCUUGAAAAGUUUUCAUACAAAUCUUCUCAAAUUUACUGACAGCCUUUAUGACCACAAGAGGAUGAACCCUACUGGUUUUGACCUUUCCUGUAGCGCCACCAUCAGGUCAAACUUUUAGUUUUAGAGUUUGUGUAUCUUGAAAAUCUUUCAUCCAACAUUUUUCUAAUCUGGGGUGCACAUUCAUGUCUCUCAGAGAAUGAGGGAAUACCCCCCCACCCUCCACAGCACAGGCCCAGCCUACGGUGUGGGACAGUUCUCAUGAGAAUAUUGUUUCCCUCUCUCCCAUGUCACAGUAGCACCAAAAAUGGAAAAUUAUGGUUCCUUUACUGACUUCAGCGACAAGGCAGACGUGCUGCUAUGAGUGUGUCUCAGCAGACACACAGUCCGCCAUGUUGAAGACGUUUAUUAUUCGAGCUCUUUGUAUAACCAUCAAUUAAAAAUAUUUUAUUUGAGAUGAUCAUUUUAGAGGUGUUUGUAGUUGGAAAGACUUAGGUGUGAUCAACUUGCAAACCUACAGUGGCUUCCUCAUUUUGGCAGGAGCUCAAGUCAAGUCAAGGAUGUUAGGUCACACACACAGACAGUUUUACACAGCCAAAACAGCUUGGGGUCAAAUUGAUCUUUUUUAUUCUUAACUUAUCUUGUGUUGGCUUUCAUUUAAGUAUUUGUUUUUUACUAUUACAAUUGCUCUGCAACAAAUGGGGUGGUGCUCAAAUUUCGUUGUACUUUGUACAAUGACAAUAAAGACGAUUCUGAUUCUGAUUCUGAUUCUGAGGAACACGGCUUCAUGCAAUAUGUGUACAACACAUUAAAAAAUAUCAUCAUGAAAAUCUUAUGCUAAAUCUGUUGUUUUUUCCAUCAAAUUAGGAAAAGUCAUGAAAAAUGAAGCAAAAAACAACAACAAAAGUCAACCAUUAUUUUUUAAACAUUAAACAUUGAAUGGGUUCAAAUUGAUCCCAAGGAUAAGAGGAGAGUUAAAGGUUAUAUUCACUGAAGGUUUAACCAGAAGGUGUGUUUUUACACCAACUGUAGGAGGAGCAUCCACAGGGGGCACUGUUCAGUUGCUAUUUACUGGAAAUGCAUCAAAAGGGUUAAUUUUCAAUGAUUUCUUUUAUUCUGGACAGACAUAAGGAGGCCACUGUAUCUGCAGGAAGGACAUUAAGGUGUUUUUUUUUUGACAGGACAUCCAUGUUUUGAUCAUUUUAGCUGCUGUCCCGUGUAACUCGCAUUAAAAUCAUGAUAUAAAUAAAUAUGGCUAUCAGUCAAAUGAAUGAACAGGUGAUUAAAAUGCAGAAAUAUGGUGAAAACAAUUAAAACAGUUCAAAUGAAUGUAUUUUAUUCAUCAGGAGUCAGUAAACAACGUUUUGAUAGCCCUUUAAUGAAAACAGUUAAGAGUCUGCCCACAGAAAAUAGUUGUGACAUUUCCCCUUUAAGAGACGUGCUGCUCUUAGCUUCGCGGUCGCUCUGAGCAGAGAGAGUAGAAGGAGGAGUAGAGGGAGAACUCGGUGAAAACGGAGUCAUUUAAACUUAUGAACAGAGUUUAUCUGGUCGGCGAUUCAUGAAGACUUUUUUUCUUUAAGAGCCGCAGCGGUUUUGGUGAGUUUUAACUUCUUUUAGCUGGUGAUUUAUUUUGUCUUUGAUACUUAGAUGUGAAUGAAUGAACGUUGGCGCGAAGCUAAGAGCCGCACAGCAGCGAUGUAGCUAACACAAAGAAUAUGAGGCUUUAUUGAGUUGAGUUAUAUCUACAGAGUUAUUAAUUUUCUUUUGUGACCUGUCAUGCAGGUCGGGCUUUUUUCUUUUUGUGUUGCUAAUGUGAACUUGUUCGGAGUUGGACUUUGCUGCGUGUGUGAGAAGAUAUCCACAAGAUGGAGACAAAAUGGCGAUGGAGACAAGAUGGCGACUCAACCUUUAGAACAUGUUCCCACCGGCCCUCGUUCGUCGUGCCAGAGAGAGGACCCGCUACAUGUAGGUGGACUUGGUGAACUCGGUGCCAUAGCGGUAAGAGUGUCUGAUACUUUUGGAGGUUUUUUUCUGCUGUUAAGCUAAACUGAAAACAGGAGUGGAUUUAGAACUGAACUGAACUUAAUCUUGAAACCACUGAACUGGAACUGAGUUUGACACAAGCUGAGUUUGAUCUGAGUUAAAAGCGUCAUGUUUUGUACCGUGUUCUGCUUUCAUAAUUGUCAAGUUUAUGAUUCAUGUUGUGUACGUUAUCUUAUGUUCCACUUUACUUCAUCUGUUAAAGAAAAAUAAGAGUUAAGUCGAGGAACAUAAUAAAACCAAACUAGGAACCUUUCACUAGGAACAGCCUGUUCAGGUUUUCCACUACAUGCAGCGGUGCACCGCCGCUGCCGAAUUAUGUGCGCCGCCACUGAAAUUUCACAUUAUUAUUAAUGUGCCACCAAUGAUUCAACUUGCACUGUGUGAGCACAACAACACACAACAUUAUUUCCGACUUGUUGUGAGGUGCGCAUCAAAUCCUGUCAGACCCUCUUCUAUCAAUGUAAAAGGUAAGGUUCAAGCUUAUACAUGGUCUUUAUAGCAAGUAGCAUUAAUAGCAUUGCUAGCUUUGUUAUCAAUGCAGCACUAAUGUUUUCUACCCGCACUGUGUGAGCACAACAACACACAACGUUAUUUUCGACUUGUUUUGAGUUAUCAAUGAGUGCAUCAAAUCCUGUCGGACCCUGUUCUACUUAUGUGAAGGGUAAUGUUUAAACUUAUACAUGGUCUGUAGAGCGAGUAGCGAGGGUAAUGUAACAUGAAUGUAACAGCGUAGCUCCUGGAGUGGCAAGAGAGUGGGGGUAACAACGACCCCCCCAACACACACACACACACACCGCCACAGCUGAAAAAACUUAUAGGGGAAACACUGCUGUUAACUUAAAGGUCCUCUAUUAUGAGAAAUCCAUUUUUAGGUGGUUUUCUACUUGAAGCUGACAACCCCUCCUGACAUGAAAACAUUUCAUUCUCUCCUACUCUUGCUCUCCCCUCCUCCUUGAAUGAAUGGAAAAGCUGUGUGGUUAUGGCGACAUAACCCAAUAGGCCUCUCCCACAUGUUGGUGGCACUGCCCCCGAUAAUCGUUAGACCAGCCCUCUAAAACGUAUUCCCUGAGGUAGCGUCCGCCAUUUUUUCCCCUUGCGUACGCUGGUUUGAAACGGCAACAACCAUGUCGAAGCUACAACCAAGGCCUGCUUGGUUCUUGGCUGCACAAACGAAGACAGUAGUCUUUUUCUGCCUCCUUCAUCGACAGAUUUAAGGACCCAGUGGAUUAAUUUUAUUUUUAACGGAAAUGUACCCACAACAACUCCGAAAAUGUUGCAUGUGUGUGCUGACCAUUUCACCACCGGCUGUUUUAAACAACGAGGGGCAGUUCAAAGCAGGAUAUGCUAAGAAGCUGAAGAUUAAACCUGGAUCUGUACCGACUGCUCGUGUCAGGGACCCAACUUCAAACGUGGAAGCUGUAAGUUUUAUAACAUUUUAUGUUGCUUUACCGCUGCCCAUAUGACAAGUGCUUUGGCUGCAAUCCCGCGGCAGCAGGCUGGUGCUUCCAGCCACCGUGGUCUGGAGAUCAGAGGAUCGCUGAGGAUUGCAUGCACCAAAACCCAUACAACUCUUAUUUGUGGGGCUAAACAGUGAUGAGUAAUGAUCUGAGGGUAAAUUUAAUAUGUUCUUGUGUCAUUUAUGUGGAAUAGACCUUGAGAUUAGAUGUUUUAUCAGCCCAAACAUUUCACUGGUGUGACUUUAUGUCAAUGCGGAAAAAGCAAACCUCUGAUGAUUGAUUAAAUUUAACUGUGUUUCUAAGGUGCUCUGUUGCAAUCAAGCCCACUGUAUUAUUUAGCAUAUAUCAAGCAACUGUAAGCAAAGAGUUUCAUUGUUAAGUUUUAGUGUAGUCUGCAGACAGUUAAUACUAACCUUAUAUCAGCUGUUUUGCUGUGUGUCGAAAUAUGCAUCCACCCGUUAAUUAGAUACUGAGACAAUAACAAGUCAUAUUUUUGUAAAUAUUACAUGUGGAAAGUCCAAAAAACAGAAGAUGUUGGUGUUUAAUCACUGUUUUCUCUAUACAGGCAAGCACAUCGACUACAUCCAUACAGAUGUCUGCAACAAGGCUUCAUGGGAGACCCAUUCUGUAAGCACACAGCUGUCUUAGAGGACUCUUUGGCCUAACUUCAGAAGUUCUGGUUUGUGGCUACCUUUUAGUAUAUUAAGCUUUUGUUUAGAUUAGAAAUCAUUUACCCUUUACAAAAUCAUGUACUUAUAUUGUGAAGCAAGUUUAAGUAUAGGACUUUUCAACUCCAGACAUGCAGCCACCAUUUACACCUACAGCCAGGUGAUACCAAUGACCCCCCCACAAUGCUAAUGCAAUUCUAACCACAAUGAGUGGUUAAAAUUUAAAUUGUAACAAGGUUAUUUGUUGACAUAUUCAAAAGAAUGUACAUGCAUGAAUGUACGUGCAUUUUCUGAUAUGAUAUUUUUGGCGUUUUUGUUGCGGGAUGACAGAGCAGUGAGGUUGAUGGUAGCUACCACGGGGAGAAGGAGGGCGUGAAGAGGAGUCUGGCAUUCUUGAAUGCACAGGGUGUGAAACUUGACUGCAUUGUCACUGACCGCCACCCACAAAUCCAGAAGUUCCUCAGGGAGAGCAAUGUCACCCAAUACUAUGAUGUGUGGCACAUAGCAAUAGGUAUAUUUCCUGAUGUUCAUGCGCAUCCACAUCCUUGUCAUCCACACAGUGGUGGCUAAUAGAAGUGCAUUAUUCACAAAACAUCUCUAUGAUUACACAUUAAAUUGGAGUAACAUCAAGGACAGUUGGUGUCCUUAAAGUGGCUGUGAGGGUAUUUGAGGGUAUAUGCUGCACUUGACAUAUUACUCAAUUUUGUGUUAUUUUUACUCACACGAAUGUAUUUUUUUGUGCACUGAAGGAAUUCCCAAGAAACUGGAGAAGCUCAGCAAGAUCAUCACAAAAUACUGUUGGCAAUAAUUAUUGCUGUAAUGUAUUUUAAAGUAUACAUCUUUAUUGUUUGUUGCAACUCCAGCUUUCUACAAGCUUGAGAAGUUGCUGAAAAACAAAAGUAUUAUGAAGCAAGUCACCAAACUGAGCCCACACCACCAGACAUCAUCGUUGGAGGCUUUUCACAGUGUCAUCCUUAAAUUUGCCCCAAAGAAUGUUGCCUUUCCAUUUCUUGGAAUGCUGUGCAGGUAAAUUAAACUGUGGUUACUUAUAACUCAUGAGUGUGUAGUCUGACUUCUGUUCUGUACUUCCCUUAUAAUGAAAAUGCAGCCCGUCCACAAGCCCAAACAGGAGAAGGUGUACCCUGCUUCAAGAUCGACUUUCCAAAGGCCUUGAUGGAACUAUGCAGAACUAAACAACUCAAGAUGGAGCUGACAUUCCGUAAGAGUCUUUUGUUUCAUUUUUUUAUUGAAAACAUAUGUUUUGGUACGAGUGUUUCACAAGAAUUCCAACAUAAGAUAAAACUGAACACCACAAAAAAGAACCUUUUGAAAAAAAUAAAUUAGAUAAAUAAUAUAAGAAUUUCAAUAAAAAAUUACAGUAAAUACUAAACACACAACAACAUCCUUAUAAAUACAAUAAAUUAUUUGAAUUAAUUUCAACAAUAAAUAAUAUUGAAAUAAGAACUUACAAAAACAAUAAAUUACAUAAAGUGUCAAAUGUCAGGAGGUGUUUAGAAGGAUGUUUCCAGUUGUUGUGAAAAAUAUUAUAAAAGUUUUUGUGCAUGUAUUUUUAUCAGGGUAUGUGGCUGAUAUGAUGGACCUCAUAUUUGAAAAAGUCAUUGUUGACCCGGCACUGUACACAGCUGCAGUAUUGUCCAUCCCCAUUCCAGAGGAGGUCAUAACUAGCUGUGUGUCCUGGUUCAACUGAGGGCCAGUUUGAAUCCUACAUAGUGACCUUCAGCAUCAGGAAAUUCCCUGCGGAUACGAAGGACCACACAAGCUGGGAUGAUGACCCAGAUUGUGCGCCCCAGGGAGCCCCAGCGCCAGCUCAGAAAGCUCUGAUAAACUAGAUACCUGAAACAACUAGAAGAGAUUGAACAGGAUUAUUAGCAAAAACAUUUUUUUUUAAGUGUGUAUCACACUUUUUCAUAUGCACUGCCUGUUAGGCUGGCCCCUUGUAAUGAUUACCAUUGUUUUUGCUGAUGUUUUAAUUUUCUGUUAAUAAAUUCUUGAAAAUGUCUACAGAAAUUGAUAAAUGAUAUACACACCACCUGCUUAUUGAAAAACUUUACAAAUAGAAAAAACUUGCUAAAUCAAUUUAUGGAACUGUAUGGUGCUCACAUUUGUCACUUAUUACAAUUUUCUAAUUUUGCCAACUGAAGUUAAAGCAGAUCAUUACAUCAUGGAAAUACAAUCAGACCAAGACGCUAAGGCAGAAGAACUUCCACGUCUGUAAAAUGAUUAAUAUAGUGAUCGUUACUUCAAGGAAAUGAUAAGGAAAUUAUCAUAAAUGUUCUUCCUUGCGCUGCGGCACCCCGCUGUAGUCCAUAAUGGGCUGGCCUGAGGUCUCACUACAAACAAGCGUCUGCUGGAAGAGAGCAGGUGAGUCCAUCUCUGGAGGGGGUGUCUACCUCGGUGUUACGGUGUGUUUGACCCUAAAUUAAUUUCACACUGGAAUAUCCCUUUAAGCUAAGCUAGCUGCCAACCAGGCUGCUUGCUGCUGUGAGUAUAAAGACAAUUAUGAGCUAGCUAACGUUAGCUGUCAAUAUUAACCAGUUUAAGGAACAAACAGUGGCGCUGGAGCAGCAGUGGUGGUCAGUCCUGGAGGCUCUUCUGAAGAUGAGGCUGAGAUUAGAGAUGAGCAAAGACAAGGUGAGAUUGUUGCUAAAGUAUUCACGGGUGAGCUCCUCCCUCUGAACCCCCCAUACGUUGGUAUGUUGGUUCACGAGGGAGAGAGAGACAGAGAGCGUGUUAAUAUGUGGUGUAUAUUUAAUUAUGUGUGGAUAUAAAUCAGUGGAAGUGUUUCUGUGAUUCAUGAGGUUUAUAUGAGGUGAAUAAAUGUUGGUUCAGUUGAUCUUCAGGACGGCUGCAGCUUUAAUAACUUUUGCUUGUUGGAUUUUGAGAGGCUAAAGUUUACAGAGCUGCUCCUCUUCCUGGUUGAUAGAAAAACAGUGUUUCCCCUCCCAGACCUGAUCAGGUGUACAGUCUGAGGAUGGGUGUGACCAACGUGUGCUGAGCUGAUACUGCUGACUCACAUGACACAUGUUGUUGAGAUCAGAGCUCAGACUAGUUUCACUUCUCAGGAAAUUAAACUCAGUCAGUCGUCGUCGACAGCGAGUGUUGAAAUGGCGCAGAAAGGAGUUCAUCUGGACCGGGAAUCUCUCUCUUGUUCCAUCUGUUUGGCUCUACUGAAGGAUCCGGUGACUGUUUCCUGUGGACACAGCUUCUGCAUGAGCUGUAUUCAAACUCACUGGGAUUCUGAGGUUAGGAAGAAGAUCUACAGCUGUCCUCAGUGCAAACAGACCUUCAUACCGAGGCCUGUCCUGAAGAAAAACACCAUGUUAGCAGGUUUAGUGGAGGAAGUGAAGAAGAGCGGACUCCAAGCUGCUUCUGCGGCUGGACCUGAAGAUGUGGCCUGUGAUUCCUGCAGUGGGAGGAAACGGAAAGCUGUCAAGUCCUGUCUGCAGUGUCUGGUUUCUUACUGCCAGAUUCACCUCCAGCCUCAUUUUGAAUCUCCUUCAUUUAAGAAACACAAGCUGGUGGAGCCCUCCAAGAAGCUCCAGGAGAACAUCUGCUCUCGUCAUGGUGAGGUGAUGAAGAUCUUCUGCCGCACUGAUCAGAAGUCCAUCUGUUCUCUCUGCUCUGUGGAACAACACAAAGGCCACGACACAGUCUCAGCUGAAGCAGAAAGGACUGAGAGGCAGAAAGAUCUGGUGGAGAGUCGAGAAAAUAUCCAGCAGAGAAUCCAGGACAGAGAAGAAGAUGUGAAGCUGCUCCAACAGGAGGUGGAGGCUAUCAAGGGUUCUGCUGAUAAAGCUGUGGACCACAGCCAGGAGAUCUUCAGCCAGCUGAUCCGUCUGAUGGAGAAACGCUGCGCUGAGGUGAAGCAGCAGGUCAGAUCCCAGCAGGAACGUGAAGUGAGUCGAGUCAAAGAGCUUCAGGAGAAACUGGAGCAGGAGAUCACUGAGCUGAAGAGGAAAGACGCUGAUCUGCAGAAGCUCUCACUCACAGAGGACCACAACCAGUUUCUGCACAGCUACCCCUCACUGUCAGAACCGGGUCAACCUGCAGACUCAUCCAGAAUCAACAUCCGUCCUCUGAGAUACUUUGAGGAGGUGACAGCAGCUGUGUCAGAGCUCAGAGAGAAACUCCAGGAUCUUCUGACAGAGACGUGGACAAACGUCUCACAGGCAGUGACUGAAGUGGAUGUUUUACUGUUAGAACCACCAGGACCAGCAGAACCCAAGACCAGAGCUGGUUUCUUAAGAUAUUCGCGAAGAAUCACACUGGAUCCAAACACAGCACAUGGACAGCUGUUAUUAUCUGAUGGAAACAGAAGAGCAACAUUUACAGAACAACGACAGUCUUAUCCUGAUCAUCCAGACAGAUUCACUGAUUGCGUUCAGGUCCUGAGUAGAGAGAGUCUGACUGGACGUUGUUACUGGGAGGUGGAGCAGAGAGGGGGUGGGGUUAAUGUAGCAGUCGCAUACAAGACUAUCAGGAGAGACGGGAGAUCAGGGGAUUGUAGAUUUGGAUACAAUUACAAAUCUUGGACGUUAUACUGUUAUAAAGACGGUUAUGGAUUUAUUCACGACAAAGUCCGCACUGAUGUCUCAGGUCGUCGGUCCUCCAGAGUAGGAGUGUACCUGGAUCACAGCGCAGGUAUUCUGUCCUUCUACAGCGUCUCUGAAACCAUGACUCUCCUCCACAGAGUCCAGACCACAUUCACUGAACCUCUACAUGCUGGACUGAUACCCUGGUCUGUUGGAGGCUCUGCUGAGUUUAUAGAAGUGAACUAAAGAGAAUUUUGAGUCCAUCAGACCAAAAUCAUGGACUGAGAUCCUUGAACUCUUGAAAUGUUCUGGUUUGUAAAUGUUUGUGGAUCAGUCUCACCAAAAACUCUGGGUUUAGUUCUUCAUUUCAGCUUUUUGAUUCUUUUCUAAAGAUGCUGAUUUGGUCGCAGCUUUAAGGACAGUGAUUGUGGAGAACUUUGAUUGUCUGUAUUUCUCAUGUUGAAAAAUCUUGUUGUUGUGAGUUGUGUUUAGUCUCUUUGCUAAAGAAAUGAGUCAAAGUUAAAAAGAUGUUUGGUGUCUAGUACUAUGUCUGUGACCCUAUAUGUCCUGUUGAUGAAGUUAGGUGCUGUUCUGAGCAUUAUUUGUGGCUAUAGAGUGGCGUUUUGGUUGAGGUUUGUUUAUGGCUCCUCAGACCGCUGUGUAUUGCUGCGGUCGUUACUAAAGUUGGUACAACUAGAGAGCAAGCGGUCGGCAACAUUCGUCUCUGGAGGGGGGGUCUAACUUGGUGUUACAGUGUGUUUGGCCCUAAAUUAAUUUUACUCCAGAAUGUCCCUUUAUCCUUAGCUAGCUACCAACCAGGCUGCUUGCUGCUGUGAGUAUAAAGACAAUUAUGAGCUAGCUAACGUUAGCUGUCAACAUUAAACAGUUGAAAAAUCUUCAUCAAGUUUGAUAUCAACAACAUCAAGAUGAUGGUUUGUUCAAAUCACCUUCAGUUGGUGCAGAUGUUGAAGGUCUGAGACUUUAGAAAAAAGUGAGGUCAAAAUCACAGAAAAAGGACGACCUUAUUUCCUGUCCCAAAUCCAAGCGUCUAAAGUCUUUCCAGUCGUCCCCAAACACAGUCUUUACAAACUGUGUUUGUAAAGACAUCUAGAAUCAGACUUUGGACAGAUCUACAUGUUGUUAUGAGCUUUUCAAUCACUCUAAUAAUAAUAAUCACAUUUAUUAGUCCGACUGUUUUUGUUUCUGACUCAGCAGAGAUAGAAACAGAGUGAGAGAGAGAAACAUGCAAAUAUGAUACUGACACUGUUUAUUCAUUAUUAUCACUAACACUAUAAUUACUGUUAUUACUAUUGUUGUUGUAAUUAUUUUUUAUUCUUCUUGUUAUUAUUACCAUUAUUUUUGUUACUGUUUUUGUAUUAAAAUUGUUUGACAAUGUUGUAGUAACAGUCAUGCUAAUAAAGAUCAUUGAAAUAAAAGAGAGUUUGACUGAGUUUGACCUGCAACAUGAUAAUCACACUAUUUGUUUGUUUUAUAUAUUUUUUUAUAAUUACCACUAUUAUUAUUAUAUUUUUAAUUCAUUAUUAUUAUUAUUAUUAUUAUUGUUUUUAUUAUCAUUAUUAUUUCAUAUUUUCAUCGUUAUUACUAUUGUUAUUAGUAUCGUGAUGUCAUGCUUUGGUAAUAGUGUAAUAACAGUCAUGCCAAUAAAGCUUUUUGAAAUUGAAAUUAAAUGUAGAGAGAGAGGGACUAAACAAUCUCCUCAGACUCUCCUCAGUCAGAAUCUGGAUCAAAAUAUUCCAGUCUGUAAUUAAUCCCAUUAUAUUACAUGGUAAUAAUAAUAUUUUUGAUUUGUUAGGGCGCCUUUCAAGUCACUCAAGGUCACCUUACAAUAUAAAUAGAAUACCGAACAAAAACAGAAGAUUUAAAUGGAAAAAGAUUAAAACCAAAUACAAUAGAAUACAUUAAAACAUCAUAUAAAACAUUACAAUUAAUGAAAAUAAAGGAGGGGAGACAGUGCUGUAGGUUAGAUGGAGUCAGCGAGUCUGAACAGGUGUGUUUUGAGUUGGCAUUUGAACAAACAGAGGUGUGGUGUUGUGGAGGGAAGGGAGAAGGGAGUUCAAGAGCGGCUGAAAGCCCAGGGUUGCCAGACAAGGAGGAGGGACGGAGAGGUGGGUGGAGGAAGAUGAUCUGAGUGGGCGGGCGGGUGUGGCGACGUAGAGGAGGUCAGGCAGGUAUGGCGGGGCGAGGUUGUGGAUGGCCCUAAGGGUGAACGCUAUAGUCUUGUAUAGACGGAUUUCUGUGCAACGUCAGCACAGGUAUGUGCGAACAGCCAGAGGGCAGAAAGUGGGACAUUUCUUAUUUGUUUACUAGCAGAGUCAAAUUAGUUUAGUUUAUUAGUGGAGUCAAAGAAAAUGACAAGGAGCUGUUGUGCUGUAAACUGCACAAAUUGGUGAAACAAACAAUGGGUAACAUCACAACCCUGCUCCUGGUAUUAGAGAGAACUGCUGAAAAUAACCUGAACAGCUGCUCCAGAGUUUUCACUGCAAACAUGAUGAUACUGAAAGCUAAAACAACAGAGCUUAUUUGAUUUAAAUGAAUACUUUUGUUUUUUUUUCUUUUUGCUCACGCGCCUCCCACACUGACAUUAAAACUGUUCAAGGCCCAGAAGUUGGUGCUACGACCCUGUUUGACUCUGAGAUGAGAAAAACGCUAACAGCAGAUCAUGAACACCAGACCCUUCUUCAUCAGCUGUGUAUAAAGUAACACCCCAGGCGAAGUCCAACUUACCGCCCUGCCGGCGUCCUGGUUUUUCUUUGGUUUCCUGUUAUGUUGUUGUGACUUUUGCAGAGUGCUCACACACACACACAAACACACACACACACACACACAGCCGCAGUGUCCAGAACCAAUCUGGGCCCGGUUUGUGGGCAGAGUUUCAGAGUGAUGGUUUUGAACCCUGGAGAGCUUGACUCAGAGGAGACCUACUUUAGACAGCAAGAGCUGAGAAAAAGAGCAGGUCCGCCUUCAGCUCCAUUUCCUGCUGUCACUCCGGCGGUGGCGGCGUUACACGGAGAGACGGAGAGCGUGAUUGGAUGUGAGCGCCGUCCUCGCCCUCUCUUUGAUUCCUCCAUUAGCGGACAAAGACCUCCUCUGACGUUUCUGCCCCUGAAAUAAAAACCUCAUCUGGCUGAGUGCACAGACUAGCUGUCACUCACCUUUACACACACACACACACACACACACACACACACACACACACACACACACACACACACUCACACAGAGCCUGAUUUGAUGCUGUUAAUCCCUCUGUCCGCUCUGAUUAUCAGCACCAUGGCAGCUAAUCUGUGUGUGUCUGAGCCGCCCUGUUGUUUCUAAUCACUCUAAAUGAAGCAGAAUAAUUAUAAUUAGUCCUUUUCAUGGAGGAACAUCACGGCGGGCGGGACGAGUCUCUCCGGAGGUCGGUUCAGGGUUUCCUGCCAAUUCUCAUGUGUCACCGAAGACCAGUUUUCGAUUCCUGUCUCAGAGGGUUCGACAGAAACUCAGAGAAAGUUCAGCUCGAUGUGAGAAACACAAACAUUCGUGACUUUAUUUCUCUAAAAGGAGAAGAAACUAUCGGCAGCUCCUCCUGUGACAUUUAGGAGGAAAUAUUCGCUGUUUGUUUUUAAGAUGUGUAAACUUGGAGGGUUAGACUGAACUUUUUCAAUGAAAUAUGAAGAUGAAGAACAUCAGCGUAAAUAAGGCCAUGAGGAAGAGAGAAAGAGAGAAAAGAGCUGAAGUUUCUGCUGAUACAGAGAGGAAGACGUCUCUGAGGAACAUGAAGAAUCAUGAAGAGGAGGGAGGUCAGAGCGUCACUGAAGGUCUCAGGCUCUGUUAGCUAUGAAACAAUGAUGAGACCAACAAUGAACCAAACAAUGAGACAAUGAAACAAUAGUGACAAAACAGUGAGAUGAACAAUGAGACAACAGUGAGACCUAAAAUUUACAUGCUCCCUCUAACUCAAAUCAUAGCAAACAACAAAAUAUCUUACCAUAAUUAUGCAGACGACACACAGAUUUACAUAACCAUAUCGCCAGGCGACUACAAUCCAAUACAAACACUGAGUCAGUGUAUUGAACAAAUCAACGAUUGGAUGUAUCAGAAUUUUCUUCAACUAAACAAAGAUAAAACUAAAGUAAUUGUAUUUGGAGCAGAAGACGAGCGAUUAAAAGUCUGCGCUCAGCUUCAAUCGAUAAUGUUAAAAAGCACAAACCAAGCCAGAAACCUUGGUGUUGUCAUGGACUCAGACCUGAAUCUUAACAGCCACAUAAAGACAAUUACAAAGUCAGCCUACUAUCACCUGAAGAAUAUAUCAAGGGUCAAAGGACUGAUGACCCAGCAGGAUUUGGAAAAGCUUGUCCAUGCAUUUAUCUUCAGCAGACUUGACUACUGUAACAGUGUCUUCACAGGUCUCCCCAAAAAAUCCAUCAGACAGCUCCAACUGAUUCAGAAUGCUGCUGCUGGAGUCCUCACUAAGACCAAGAAAGUAGAUCAUAUCACCCCAGUUCUCAGAUCUUUACACUGGCUUCCCGUCUGUCAAAGAAUUGAUUUUAAGAUACUAUUGCUGGUUUAUAAAGCACUGAAUGGAUCAGGACCAAAAUACAUUUCUGAUAUGCUGAUACGUUACGAACCAUCCAGACCGCUCAGAUCAUCAGGAGCAGGUCUGCUCUCUGUCCCCAGAGUCAGAACUAAACGUGGAGAAGCAGCUUUUAGUUUUUAUGCUCCUCAUAUCUGGAACAAACUCCCUGAAAACUGUAGGUGUGCUGAAACUCUCAGCUCUUUUAAAUCACAGCUGAAAACGCAUAUGUUUGCUGUGGCCUAUCAUUAAAUCAAACCUGAGGCCUUUAAUCAACAUCUUCAUCAUCUGCCUGUCUUGAUCUUUUUUUUUUCUAUCUCUCCAAUCUAACCUUUGUUUUCUUUUAUCUCCAAUCUUAUUUUAGCUUUGAAUGUAACUUUUAAUCUGUUAAAUGUCUUUUACGCUGUUUUUACUUUUUAAAUUGUGUUGAAUGUUUUGCCUGCUUGUUUCAUGUAAAGCACCUUGAAUUGCCCUGCUGCUGAAAUGUGCUAUACAAAUAAACUUGACUUGACUUGACUUAAAAUGAGACAACAAUGAGACAAAAUGCUGAGGUGGACAGGAACAUGAUCUGCAGACAGGAGACCAGGAGGACUGAGGUUUAAAAUCCUUGAUUUUACCUUCGGGCAGAUCGCUGAGCGGUCUCUACGUCAGCGUGUGCAGAGAUGAGGUGAGCAGCAGGAUGGAGCUUGUUCACACUUUGCUCUGCACUGUUAGUCUCUGAGAACCCUGUGGUUUCUGCUCUGCUGCUCUUUAGGGAGCUCAUUAACCAGAGUUCUCCUGCUGCCAUCUCCUCACGCCUCUCUGGUCGCUCAAAGGUCAGGGCUGAGGACUGUCUGAGAAGGACCGCUGCCUGCACAACGAUGUCCUGGAGUAUCAUCUGUGUGAAAACUCUCAGGAUUCCUACAGGAGAGCUGAUCUUCAGGGUCUGCACACACACGAAGUGGUUCUGUUUCUGCUCCACAGUGUGAGUUUUUAAAACCAAACUUCUCUGGGGUCGAACUUCCUGUCAUCAUGAACUCUGACUUUUUGAUGUCUGUUACUUUAGGUCUCAUUAAUCCACAUGUUAAUAAUGCUGUCAUCCACAGAGCUGAAGGAUCCCAUUUAGUGUAGUCAUGAAGUGAAGGAGCCUCUGUUUGUUUCAUUAGUGGGAAAACCUCGCUCCUGUGGUGAUGUAACAACAGGAGGGAUUUGUAUGACCCCCAAUUUCCACCGCAUCAGGAACGGCAGUGAUUUUCGCCAUUUGCCAAUUCCUACCGGAUCUGUUUGUGAGGCGAAUUUCGUGGCGGAUUACGGACAGUAGAAAUUGUGGGAACUCACAAGAACCCAUGGAUUCACAUUCAAUCGCACGAUAACGAGUUGUCUCUCUAAAGACAGACACAUAGACAUAUAAGCAGUAGAUUGUGUCCUUCCAGAGGAGGAAAUCUACUUCUAGACUUCUAGAAUCAGCAUCUCCUCAUCCAUGGUGUCAUCGGGGUGAAAUGACGUCUAAAAACCUUUCACUUGUUCGUCUCCGCCCGUUUGCAUGGUGUGAAAUACGAUCCUCCUGAAACACGGAGUGUUUUAUUUUGAAAAGAAGCCGGAUGUUUUAUUUUGUGUCUGUGCCCGACUUCCUUUCCAGCACGGGUUAAUCUGUGCUGAAUUUAUCCGCCAUGCUCCGGCGUCCAGAAAAAAUAGAACUCUUGUGAUCAGCUGAGGAGUCCGGCGAUCCGCAGAGGAACGGAAAGAAGUCGUUGUAAAUUGACACGUUAACUUGAAUGGUUACGAUCAGCUACGAUCGGAGGAUACGACCUUUUAGGAGACGAUCAGGAUGAAGGUGGAAAUAGAGGGUUAGCAUUGUGGCUUAAAUAUUAACCUUCCCCUUGUGUUAGAUUUGACUACGCAUCCACCAUGUGUCUUAAAUCAGCUGUAAAUUAAAAAUAUUUCUCUAUCAUCCAAUUUAGUUCUCAUCUCUAGGUUAGCUUGUUCGGCUUCAUUAUCCAUGAAAAAUUUGAUUAUAAUAUUUUUUGUUUUUUCUCUGUCAGUGUUCCCCUCACACAGACAUCUAUACUGAACUGAUCUCACAUGUUCGGACACGCCUGACGUUGUUUUUUGUGCAGAGAAAAACAUGAAAAAUGAGAAUUUCCUAAAUCUCACAUGAUUGGAAGAAGAUCUGACUGUCAGUUGCACUUAUGAUUUCAGUUUUUGCUCUGAUUAUUAGAUAUUGAUCUAACAACAGCGGCCCUAACACGACAAGUGUCAUAAUUUUAAUAAGAGCGUUUUAUUUUAACACAGGAGGAGGGUUACUACAGCUGACUCCUCCUGUUUGGGGUCAGAUCCUGGAUCACAUGUGGGGUGGAUUAGUGCAUGUUCUCCUGGUGCACUCGCCAAGUUUGUUUUGAUCACUGCAUUAAUAAUGAAGCUACAAACUGAGAGGCUGGAUGUUUUUUUUUUAGUGUACGUUUUUAUUAAAUCUUCUCCAGAUGACUCUUCUCGUCUGUAAUUGACGUCAUGUGACCACGCUGAGAGCUGAGGGUGUUUUUUUAUGAUGUUUAUUUUUAGUUCUUUGGAUUUUCUGCCAAUGAAGGGAAGGGAUCCAGGUACAGAGUCACCUCGAGGAGCCGAGCGUUCCCUGUACGAGGUUGAGGAUCUGAAGCUGGCGAGACGACAUCAGGCUGCCGGCGCUGCUUCUUCUGGCCUCUGA